AUGGCCUAUAACCCCAAAAAGCUGGAAGCUUAUCGGCAGCUCAUUGCAGAGGGUAAACCCUUCCGCAGCAUCACGUGUCCAUACUGCAAUGGACGCCGUGACGCCACUGUGAAGCAUGUCCACCCCAGCACGAAGCCAUCCAGUGCGUGGGGUUUUUGGAAUGAUGUGCUGGUGCGCAAGUACGCUGCGGUGCAGUCACCGGCGGCUCGCGCAAACAUGGAAGCCACCGUUACGGGCUCCUCGGCGGUUAGAGGAGCUCCGCUGCGUGUCGCCGAAGAAGUGACGGACAACGAGGCAGCGGCAGAGGCACUGCAUCUCAACGCCACCAGCGGCCCUCGCAUGUUCAUUGUCGGUCCGAUGGUCGACCAGAGCGAGCUUCCGUUCCGCAUGCUGUGCCGUCAGUACGGUGCCACCGUGGCCUACACGCCGAUGCUGCAUGCAAAGAGCUUUGCAGAUGGCGCCGCGUACCGAUCACACUUUCUGUCUGUGUGUCUGCCGGACGAAGUUAAAGCAGCCAUGGAGGCGGCGCUCGCGAGCCCCUCCGUUGCAGCUGGCGAACACGGUGGCGGCGGUAGUAUGAGGGCAGGUGUAGGGGCUGAUAGCGAGGAUGCCGUGGCCGACACCGUGCUUGUGGACCGGCCGUGCAUCGUGCAGUUCUGCGGGAACGACGCGGACACCGUCCUGAGGGCUGCCCGGUUUGCCGUCCUCGGCGAGCAGGCAGCGGCAACCGAGCAGACAGGCGACAACGGCGGUGCGUCUGCGGCUCCUGUGUACCCGGUGCACGUACGCGUCAAUGGUCUGUCGUCUUCCGAGAAAGCGCCGGCGCACCUUCUGUAUCAGUGCGAUGCCGUCGAUCUCAACCUUGGGUGUCCGCAGGGCAUUGCCCGCCGUGGCCACUACGGCUCCUUCCUCAUGGAGGACUGGGAGCUGAUUCACACCAUCGUGCACACACUCCACGUGGAAUUGGAGGUGCCGGUGACAGUGAAAAUACGCGUGUUUGACCACCCUGGGCACGUGGAGGCUGCCGGUGACAACCGCGAGUGCGCCACCGAUUGCAGCUCCGCCGGGUGUGAAGAGAAUGGCGCUGCCUGUGCGACUGCGGACACUUCACGGGAGCCGCUGAAGGCGGUAUUCGAUGAGGCUCUCACAAUCCUCUACGCCCGCAUGAUUCGCGACGCGGGAGCACAAAUGCUCUGCAUUCAUGGCCGCACACGCGAGAUGAAGGGGCAGCAGACUGGGUUGGCGAACAUGGCGCUCAUCCGCCGUGUGCGCGAUGCGCUGGGCGGCACCAUUCCCGUCAUCUCGAACGGCAACGUGCGCACCUACGACGAUGUGAUUGCCCACCUGCAGGAGACGCGGUGCGAGGGCCAUAUGUGCGCUGAGCCGCUGCUGUGGGACCCGAAGCUAUUCAGUAAUCCCUCCCAGCCUGUCAUGCCGGGACGUACCCACGGUGCCGACAAGGCGACGCGACUCUCAGCGCUGCACACGGCGCUUGUAUACAUGCAGUGGGUGCGCUACUACCCGGUCGACAUCGGCUUCGUAAAGGCGCACCUCUUCAAGAUGUGCUUUCAUAGCUACGAGCUUCACACGAGUUUUCGUGAGGAGCUGGGUCAGCUCAAGACCAGCGCUGCGAAGAUCAAAGCGGAGAAAGGGAACAGCAUUGAGGUGAUGGACAUGAUGCGAUUGGGUGCAGCACCGGGAGCCGAUGAUUCGUCUGCACCUAGUGGUGCUGUGCACGAGGAAGGGGACGAUGAGGAGAGCGCCGCUGUCGCUACGGCUUCCGCAGCGGCGUCUGUGCCUGCCUCUGCCUUUAAGCAGUGCGUUGACGCGAUUGAAGCGCACCUGCUGGCCCUCAUGGAAGCGGAGCGCCGAUGCUCAGUGGAUGGAGAGCAGCCCAAGUCUGCGCAGGCGGAGAAGGCGAAGGCGAAGCAGGAAAUCGUCGAUGUGUGGGAGGAAGGGGGUGAUCUGGGCAUCGACUUCUGA